AUGUCUGCCAACGACCUCCGGGGGUGGGUGAUGAGCGCCGUCUCAGGCGUCGCUUGCGUCCUUGGUUCCUCUAUCAUCUGUAUCGAUGUGCUGGUCCGGGCGAUUUCCCGCCGCAAGAGCUUCCAGAUCGCCAACAGUAGUAACUUCCUGUCAGCAUCAUUAUGUCUCAGUGCUGGAGUUAUGCUCUUUACCUCCCUCUAUAGCAUGCUCCCGAACUCAAAGGAGUACCUCACGCGCGCUGGCUUCUCUCCCGCUGUAUCUGCAUAUAUUUUGAUCGGUCUUUUCAUUGCCGGAGUAGCAGGCAUUCAAUUAGUCUCCGCCUUCGCACACCGAUAUAUCCCAUCUCAUGUUGUCGACUGCGCCCAUACCCAUGGCGAGUCGGAAAGUGAUCCCGAGCGCGGCGAGCCCACACACGAGGACCAUGUCCACAACCAUACAAACGGACAUACCGAACGAACACCGCUGUUGCGACCUAAUAACCCAUCUUCAUUCAAGUCAAUGCCAGCGGUGGCUCAACGGAGCCAACAUACCGAGCCGGCACCCAGACGCCGCGAGACAAUGCGGGCAAUCCUAACCCGCAGCAUUACGUCGCUCAUGGGUGGCGUAAAACCCACCUGCGACGAGGACGGACCUUGCUUUGGAGUUUCUCAAACAUGUGGCAGCGAAUGCACUAAAGUGCUUCCCCCAUGCAACAUCAAUGAAACCACGCGAGCAAGCAAUCGCGACACUCUAUCCGCGCCGCUGGAACCGGAGAUUUCCCGCGCGGAAACUGAAAUUGGUAAUGAAGAUACGCCUAUUGUACCGGAAGGGGGAUAUUUUGAUAAUAUCUCUGCACAGCACCACAUGCACCCGUGUGUUGCUUCGUCCUCUUCGUCUCAGAUCCUAGAGCCACAUUCAGGUCAUCUAUCCCAUUCCCAUUCGGAGAAUCAUUGCCAUGACGAAUCUCAUGGCCACCACGAGGAUCUUGGUUCUGACCGUCCCAAAUCUGCCGCUGGCAACGCCCACCACCAUCACGUCCCUAAAAAUGCAUUCCUCUCCAUUGGACUGCAGACCUCACUCGCCAUUGCUCUGCACAAGCUUCCCGAGGGGUUCAUCACCUACGCCACCAACCACGCCAGCCCAACUCUCGGUAUGACAGUAUUUCUGGCUCUAUUUAUUCACAACAUCGUGGAAGGCUUCGCCAUGUCACUCCCGCUCUAUCUAGCCCUCAAUUCCCGCUGGAAGGCAAUGUUCUGGUCCAGUCUCUUGGGAGGUAUCAGCCAACCUGCUGGUGCCGGCCUAGCCGCCCUCUGGAUUUGGAGCACUGGACAACACGGUAGCGACGAUGUCACAGGUCCCUCAUGGGGCAUAUAUGGAGGUAUGUUCGCCGCCACCGCCGGAGUCAUGACUUCAGUUGCACUGCAACUUUUCAGCGAGGGACUUAGCCUCACCCAUCACCGCGGAAUGGGAAUCGGCUUUGCCAUUGGAGGCAUGGGGUUGAUGGGCCUCAGCUUUGCACUGACUGCUUGA